AUGAACACAAGGAGAAAUUUCGCGAGAAGAGUUCAAGAAGCAGCUGCGGAAGAGAAUCAAGCUCCUCCUCAAGCCCUAGUUGCUGUUGAACAUGUGCCUGGCAACCCAGAUGGGUUGAAUGAUGGUGAAGUUAGGAAUGCUUUUCUGCAGAUGGAACAGGACAUCACGACUCGUGCUCAAGCCAUCACUGCUCAAUCCGCGAGAGAGGGUGCUCCCAGAGAGAACCCGCAUGCUAGUACCAAGGCUAUCAGGCUGAGGGACUUCACCGGGAUGAAUCCCCCAUUGUACUACGGGUCCAAGGCUAGAGAGGAUCCUCUAGAGUUUUUAGAUGAGAUUUGGUACCGAAAGUGGGCUGAUGGACGAGCUAGAGGAGAUGUUGCCAUCACUUGGGAUGUUCUCAAGACUGCCUUUCUAGAGAGGUUCUUCCCAAGGGAGCAGAGAGAAGCCAAGGUUGAAGAGUUUAUCAACCUAAGACAAGGAGGUAUGUCUCUCAAGGAGUAUACCUUGAAAUUUGUGAAAUUGAAAAUGAAUGUUUCUUCUCUUGUGGAAAAUAGCAGGGAUGAGAUGAGCAGAUUCAAUAUUGGCAUAUCUGAGGAUCUGGUUUAUGGAACGGUUUUCCACUAUUUUUGCACCAUUGACCGCAUUGACAAAGAGAAGGAAAAGUUUGAGUUGUCCGGGAAAUGUGAAAAGUGUUUUCAAGAUCUCAAGGACCGACUCACUUCGGCCCCAGUAUUGACGUUGCCGAGAAGUGGUGAAGGAUGUAGAUCUCCAAUUGGCUUGUUCAAAGUAGGAGAAUCGGCCAUCAAUUAUCCUAAGAUAGUGCAUGAGGUUGUGGAGAACGUGAAGAUGAUUACGGAUAGAUUGGCUACUGCUUAUAGUCGUCAGAAAUCCUAUGAAGAUAAAGGAAAGAGAGCUCUUGAGUUUGAGCGAGUGGGAAACGUUACAUACGAGCUGAAACUACCUCAAGGCUUGGCUUCUGUUCAUCCAGUGUUUCACGUUUCUAUGCUUAAGAAAUUUCUAAGCGAUCCAGCAUCCAUCCUACCUGUUGAGGGGUUAGAAUUUCAUGAGAACCUUUCUAAUGAAGAGGUUCUAAUCGAAAUUUUAGAUCGCCAAGUGAAGCGGCUUAGGAACAAGGAGAUUUCCAUUGUGAAGGUCCUAUGGCAGAACCAUCUUUUUGAGGGAGAAACCUGGGAGGCCGAGGCCGAUAUGAGAUCGUGCUACCCUCAUUUGUUCAGUUCUGAAGGUCCUAAGUCUGGUUUAUGUUUUAGAAAACUCUAA